ACCAUUUUCUUAUCGAACAGACUGAUUCAACAACUGGAAUGGCUGUCACUGGCAAAAAAGUAUCGGCUAUGAGUUUUUAUGCUUACAGAAUUAUGGUACGAAAUGGUGCUGUCAAUCAUAUCUUACAGUGCCGACAACUUUUCCAUCAGUAUGUGGUUGACAUGUACGCUAAGAUCGAAAGUGAAAGAUUAUCUUUUCUACGUUAUAAUCAAAAAAAGCUUAGAGUGGAUGAAUACAUUCACCUGAAAGAUGCUAUAGCCAAUGAUGGACGAGCUGACAAUCUUGGUCAAUUAGUGAUUCUACCAGCAACUUUCACUGGAAGUCCCCGGCACAUGCAUGAAUAUACACAAGAUCCCUCUGAUCGUCAUGACCUAUUAGCAAGAGUGUUCAGACAAAAGCUCAUUAAAUUGGUCAACAUUAUUACCAAAAGCCAUGUAUUUGGGCCAACAAGAUGCUGGAUGUAUUCUAUUGAAUGGCAAAAGAGAGGACUACCACAUGCCCAUAUUUUGAUAUGGCUGAAGAACAAAAUUAAAGCAGAUCAAAUAGAUAGCGUAAUCAGCGCAGAAUUACCUGAUCCUGAACGAGAUCCUCGACUAUUUGAAAUAAUUAUCAAGACUAUGAUUCACGGUCCAUGUGGAAGUAUCAAUCCAAACUCUCCGUGUAUGGAAAAUAAAAAGUGUACAAAAAAAUAUCCAAAACAACUUUUGCAUGAUACAGAAACUGGUGAUGAUGGAUAUCCAUCGUAUAGAAGAAGAAGUUCAGAAGAUGAUGGCAUCAAAGCCAAAAUCAAAAUGAGAAUUAAUAACUCUAUUCAAGAAAUCGAAAUUGACAACAAGUGGGUUGUGCCAUAUUGUCCACUACUCUCUCGGGUCUUUCAAGCCCACAUUAAUGUGGAAUAUUGCAACUCGGUAAAAUCAAUCAAAUACAUCUGCAAAUAUGUCAACAAGGGCAGUGAUCAGGCAGUGUUUGGUUUGGGAAGAGAUGGAGCACCAGUUGAUGAAAUUAGUAACUACCAGUUAGGUAGAUACAUCAGUAGCAAUGAGGCAGUCUGGCGAAUCUUGGAUUUUCCAAUUCACGAACGAUAUCCAACCGUUGUUCAUUUGGCUGUUCAUUUGGAAAAUGGUCAACGCAUUUAUUUCACCGAAGAUAAUGUUCAUGAGAAAGUUAAUGAACCACCAAGAACAACACUAACAGCAUUUUUCUUACUCUGCCAGAAAGACGACUUUGCCAAAACGCUGUUGUACUGUGAUGUUCCAAAAUACUACACAUGGAACGCGUCUGAAAAAGUGUUUAAGCGGCGUGUUCAAGGAAUUGCUGUGCUUGGUCAUCCAGACAUUAGAGAAGGAGAUGCGUUGGGUCGUGUUUACACUGUGCAUCCUAAUAAUUUCGAAUGCUUUUUCCUACGACUCUUACUUCAUGUGGUCAGAGGCCCUACUUCAUUUGAAGCUCUUCGAACUGUAAACGGUCAGAUCUGUGCAACAUUUCGUGAAGCAUGUCAAUUACAUGGAUUACUGGAAGAUGAUCAGCAAUGGGAUGCCAACAUGUUCGAAGCAGCUGCAGCUCAAUCGCCAGCAAGAUUAAGAAAUCUAUUUGCUCUUAUACUAGCUGUUUGUGGACCAUCCAAUCCAAAACAAUUAUGGGAGUCGUACAAAGAAAGCUUGACUGAAGGCAUUCUGAGAAAUGCUCGCAGGCAAAAUCCUGGAAUGAAUUUGGAUUAUACACCAGAUAUGUUUAAUCAAGCACUGAUUAUUAUUGAAAAUAAAGUUUUAGAGAUGGGUGGCAAAGAACUUGUGAAAUUAGAGCUCCCAACUUCUCAACGAAAUUCGGGUGAUCGAUUAAACAGUGCAAUGCUCAGAGAAACAAGUUAUGAUGUGAAAGAGUUGGAUGCUUAUAUAACAGCAAAUGAGCCACUGUUAGUGCCGGAUCAGAGAGCUGCAUACAAUGCGAUUUUGGAUCAGAUCGAGAAGAAAGCUGGUGGAAUAAUCUUCCUUGAUGCACCUGGUGGAACAGGGAAGACAUUUGUCAUUAAUUUGUUAUUGGCUAAAACCCGGCAUCAGUCAAAGAUUGUGAUUGCGGUCGCCUCUUCCGGUAUCGCUGCUACGCUGCUUCACGGUGGUCGUACUGCGCACUCGACAUUAAAGUUACCUCUUAAGUUUUUGGAAAAUCAAACUCAUGUCUGUAGUAUUACCAAAGGAACUGGCGAAGCAAAGGUUCUGCAAGAAUGUGAACUUAUUGUAUGGGACGAGUGCACAAUGGCUCAUAGGUAUGCAUUAGAAGCUUUGAACCAUACUUUACAGGAUCUUCGUAACAAUGGAAAGAAUAUGGGUGGAGUAGUUGUACUUAUUGCUGGCAAUUUUAGGCAAACAUUACCAGUUAUUCCAAAGGGUACCAUGGCUGAUGAGCUAAAAGCUUGCUUGAAAUCUUCGUAUCUUUGGAGACAUGUUGUACCAUUAAAACUCAGUACUAACAUGAGAGUGCACUUACGAGGUGACGUAUCUGCCGGCCGUUUCGCUGAACAACUUCUCGCAAUUGGAAAUGGCAAAAUACCUGCUGACCCAGUCAGUGGACUUAUUAAUAUUUCAGACAACUUUUGCAAUAUCGUUGAAUCAGUCGAAGAACUCAAGAAUAAAGUGUUUCCAAACAUUCAAACUCAGUACAAGGAUCACAAAUGGUUAUGUGAACGUGCUAUUCUAGCUCCGAAAAACGUCAAUGUAAAUGCUAUCAAUCUACAAAUACAGCAACAACUUCCUGGUGAAGCUAUAUCUUACAAAUCAAUUGAUACAGUUAAAGAUAUCGACAUGGUAGUUCAGUAUCCAACUGAGCUUCUCAAUUCACUCGAACCUUCUGGAAUGCCACCACAUAACUUGCGCCUGAAAAUUGGAUCAUCUAUUAUGCUCCUAAGAAAUCUGGAUGCACCAAGAUUAUGUAAUGGUACAAGGCUAUGUGUCAAAACUCUAAUGCCUCAUGUAAUCGAAGCAACGAUCAUGACAGGUUGUGCAAAAGGUGAAGAUGUAUUCAUACCAAAAAUACCUUUGCUCCCUUCUGAUAUACCAUUCGAAUUUACACGACUUCAGUUUCCAGUACGGCUUGCCUUCGCAAUGUCUAUUAAUAAGGCUCAAGGGCAAUCACUUAAAGUUGCUGGUGUCAAUUUAGAAACUCCUUGCUUUU